AUGAAUCAAUCAAAAACAACAGACAAGAAUCCACACGUACGCAAGCAAUACACACUAUUACUUGAUAUUCCUCCACGAUUUCAAUGGGAUCAUGCCAAUGGUUUUUGUGGAGAAAUGUCACUUCAAUGUAUAGGUUUGUACUAUGGUGCUUGGAUUUCCCAAAAUCUCGUUCGUAGUUUAAACAGAGGUGAAUAUCUGUUACAACCCCAAUCCGCUAAGGACAUACGAGACCCACUUCGUACAUUGACAUUACUUCGCUUCACUUAUGAAGAAUGGGAUUGGAGGAAUGCUCCUCAACCACAAUUUGAUCAGUUUUGUCGUUGGAUGAAACGAUCACUUUUAGGUAAACAUCCAAUCAUUUUCGGUAUAUUUCUUCCGAGCAUGAACUGUGAAGACUAUGAUCAUAUUGUACCGGCGGUAGGCAUACGUUAUCAAAAUGAAGAUGAUUAUAACUGUGACGAUAAGGUCAUUUACUAUGACCUUUAUGAUGACGAAAAAAUUGAACGAUGUAUGAGUGCAGACAAAUUCAGUGCAACGAGGCAGUCGAUCAGCAUGAAACGACAUGUAAGCGAUGGAUGUAUACCAUUAGAUGUAAGUAUUGUCAUUCGUAUUACUUUAUCAUAGAAAGUUGUCAAAUUCUAGAUCGCCUAUGGCAUCGCUAUUACGGGAAUUAUCGAUGAAGACCAAGUGACACUGCCAGUUUGUCUAGCCGUUUCUAAGUCGGCCGAGCCCGAUCCAUGUGUCACUACUGCCGCAACCGAGAUGGAUGGUAUUGUAACAGUGAAAAAUCUAAUCGUCGGAAAUGCCUAUAUUCUUCUUCGAUAUGCGUCUUUCAAACAUGUUCCAACGAAGGGAUUCGUUGAAGCAUUUCUACAAUCAAAUUAUGACACGAAACAUGUAUUUACAGCAACGGACAUCACGUAUGUUUAUCAAGAUCCGAAAAAAAUCGUAUCAACCAAGUCCGUUUAUUAUCGGUGUGUCCCUAUGCCGGAAUGAUCAUUGUAAAGACAGUCAUGACUUUUUUGUCUGCGUGUUUUCAAAAUUGUUUCUAGAAAGCCGACAUGUAAUUUUCAGAUACAUAUACAACCAGUUUAUUUGAAAGAAAAUCACCCAAAAGAUCAAAAUAUACCGUCAGUACAAAGGAACAUCAUGG